UGGCAAUCAUGGCGCCGGUGAACGUACGGUUAAAUCCUGUAGGAUUAGCUGUCGGCGUGGCAGUUAUCAUAAGUAUAUUUUUCUACAUAUUUGGUCUUCCAGGACUAUUUAGACAAGAACAAAGAAUUAGCAUGAAGGAAAUUUUGUCAGUCAGCGUUGAGCUAGCUCGGCGUGGGGGAUCACGAGUCAAGUCUAUCGUUGAGGCGAAAAAUGGUUUGGAAGCCCAAGUCAAGGGGAAAACUAAAGAAGGGGCAAAGGAGAUGCUUACCCAGGGUGACUUGCAGUCGCAUAAAGCUAUAUUCUAUGGGUUUGAGAAAGCCUUCCCAGGAUUAAGAGUACUGUCGGAGGAGCAUGACACGGAGCCGGUGGACCUGAACACCAUCCCGAGUGUCAACAAGGAACUGGAAGAGGUGAUGGACAUCGUGCUGAGUGACCAGUCCAUACCCAUGAACUCCAUUGCCAUCUGGAUUGACCCGUUGGAUGCCACACAGGAAUAUACAGAGGCCCUCUAUCAGUAUGUGACCACAAUGGUGUGUGUUGUGGUGAACGGAGAACCCCGGAUUGGCGUCAUUCAUCGACCGUUCUCAGAUGAAACAGUGUGGGCCUGGGUUGGAUAUGGUCACUCUACGAAUUUGAAGAAAGCUGAAAAUGUCAAAUAUGACACAAAGAAGAAAAAGAUCAUUGUAUCUCGGUCUCACAAGGGAACUGUGGAGGAUGUGGCCAGGGAGGCGUUUGGUGAAGACACAGAAGUCAUCGGAGCAGGAGGAGCAGGCUACAAAGUCCUGGAGGUGAUCAAGGGAAAUGUGAAUGCGUAUACUCACGUGACGCUGAUCAAGAAGUGGGACAUUUGUGCCGGGAAUGCCAUCAUCAGUGCUAUGGAUGGCAAGAUGACUACGUUAGAAGGCAACAUCAUUGACUACUCCCCGUUCAAUGACUACAAGAAUGACAAAGGUUUACUUGCUACAUUGUACGAUCACUUUGACUAUCUAGAAAAGCUUGCACCUGCAGUAGAAAAAUAUAAGAAGAAUACAGUUAAGAAGACAAUAGAAAAAAAGCCGCAUGAAUCAAAAGAUGAUGAGAAGCGUCCAUCCCGAUAGAGAGUUCAAGGAUAAUUCCAGUUAGGGUGUUACAGUCUUGUGCAAGGGUGGUGAUGUAUGUUGUUCACAUUGUUGCUUCUUGGGACAUAGGAAGCAGAAAUAUGAUAAAGAAAAAUAACGAAGAAAUUUAUGACAGGAUUAUUUACCAGCAAUACUGGUGCUACCACUAUCUUAUAUUGUCACUCUUGUCAAACUUGUGCUUGACAGUUGAACACAUGGCUUAUGAAUAAUAUUUUGAAUACUUGCAUAAAUAUGCAUGUUUUUUAUAUCAUGUCAAUCGUCUGGAAUUAAGUCUAAGGUCCUGACAGUAAUGUCCUUUGUGUACUGUAGGUCAUGUCUAUGGUACCUAGAAUGAGGGGUUAUGAAAAGGGGUAGUAUUAGAAGAUCUAACAUAUUUUUCUAGUUUUUGAAAGCAAACCCGGCACCGAAGGUUUCUACAGGGGGUGGCAUUCAUAAUAGGUGUGAUCUGAACAUACCGGUAGAUGGGGAUAUAUAGUAGUUCUAGUGUUUUGAAAAAUAAACUGGCCGACAAGGAUAUUAACAUUGACACGCUGCUUGUGAAAUUCAGAAAACGAUAGUGGUAGUGCCAAGACUCCUUGAAAGUGAAUUUCCUGCAAGUAUUGUUUCGUCGGAAUGUUUCCUUGCCAGUGGUAUAUGUGAGAAUGUUUUUGAUGCUUGUUGACAAAUGUUCCGUGUAUUGCAAUACUCUGUGUCACAGUACAAGUGUUGUAUCAUGAGGUCAUGUAUUGAUAAAUGAUUAGGUAUAUUUUAGUAAAUAUGAAAAUAAAUCGCAAAAUAUUAUUUUCUGCCAAUAUGUUCACUUUUUCAUUGAUUAACUCAAAUCUACACCCUAUGUGUUGGUUCCUCUUCUAUUCAUUGCCCUUGUUGUUGGAAUAUGUCGCCUGGAAUGGCAAGUGUAUUGUUUCAUGGUUCGUGAUACGACAGAGUGUUGUCAAUAUAUCAAACAAUUAUACUAUAGACUUUAUAGUUUUUAUCGACCUUGGUCAAUAUUGCUUUAUUCUGUCUAAAAGAUUGUCUUCGAUACUGCUUCAACAAUAGGAAACUGGUAUUGAGACAAAGAGUGUUACUCAAUUUAAUGUUUCUAGGUUUGUCAGCACCAUACGACAUCAUUGGCUUCACCUAAGCAGUAAAUGUUUAAUGCCUGCAUCACUUUGAGCUUUCUUCACACAUCAUGCUGACAUGGGGGCCAUUGGUGGCCCAAUCGUCUAAGGUGCCGCGAUUCGCUGUGCAGAGUGUGUCCCUUGGGCACGCCAGAAACUUAUGA